AUGAGCCAGUCCAUCCUCUCCGACGAGGUGAGUCAGUGCAACUUCGAGCCAGCAGACGAUGUUUCACAGAAGAUCGACGCCUACGACGACUGUUCCAACAAAGAUAAUGACCACAAAAUUCUGUUGGACGAUGACGAGAUCCCAUGGAAAAUCUCCAUCUACCCACCACCGGGCAGAAAUCUCGAUAGGCUAGUAGCCUGGCAGAUUGAGAGGCACAUUCAAUGGAUCGACGAUUCCGACUACGAGGAUAAAGAAGAUUUGAUUGAUUGCAAGUCUAAGGAUAAGGAUUUCUUUUGUUCAACUUUCCGUAUGUGCACAGCAAAAGAUUUGAAGAACAGAAAGCCAUUCAACGACGGAAAUUUGGGAAUCAAAAUCGCACGCACGGAAGGUUAUCACGGAACCAUGGGCGAUGAGGUUGACCAGGAGCUAAAGGAUUGUCCAUGGGGUCGGCCUGCAGCAGCUCUUCUAGUAGCCGCAAGAUCCUACUGUAACAAUCCAGAAGACUGGAUGUUGCUUGAUGAGCCACGGAAACUUCUUAUUGCCAUGGAAAAAUGGUAUUUCGACCUUGAUGGGCCAGAACAGCAAUCACUCGCCAAAAAUGCAUGGUGCUGGACUGAGAUGCAAGAAGCCGAAAAAGAAAAAUGGAACCAGGCCUUCUCGUUUACCUUUGAAUCCAUCCCCAAGUCCCCCACUGGUUUGUGCUCCUUCUUUAACCACGAUAACCCCACCUUACAAAUAUCCUUUCCAGGAAAACCAUUCACCAUGGUCAAUAUCCGAGAUCCAGAGAAAGCCGCGAAGGAUGCGAGGAAGAAACUGAAAAGACUCCGGAAAAAAGGACACUCAUACCGGAAGAUACUGCUGUCCUUGACAAAGCUAAAGCUAGAAGACAAGGAAAGGAAGUCGAAGAUGGCAUACCUUGAAAGGAAGCUGGACCAUAAAAGGAUUGCGCUGGAGAAUCUCAGAGCGCGACAUAAAUUCAACAAUUUCCUGACUUUGAAUGAAAAACUCGCCAAAAAGGGGGAGGAACAGGAUGAUAAGUUUUUGAAGGAACAGGAAAAAUACGACACAGACAUCUACCUGGAAGAGAUCUGGGGAAGGCAAAUUUACAUGGUUGCAUCGGAAAUGUACUACAGUGGUAGAAAGGGAGAGACGGAGACAGAUUCGGAGGAUCACAACAUCACUCAAGACGACAGCGAAUUCUACGAAGAAAUCUUCCGGGAACUACCCAGACGCGAAGAAUGCUACUUUUUAGGCGAAGAGCAAAGCCUCAUCAAGUCCAAGACAAAGACAGAGAAUGAUGAUGAGACUUCCGGACUUGAACUCGAACAAGGAGCCAUUGAAACGAAGGCUGCACCAAAGCCUCCGCGCGGCGCUGAGCUUGAAGGCAAACAAGGACGAAUCACCGUGACUGCGACCGCACCAGAAAACAAUGCCCAAGCCUCCGAAUCCUCAGACUCCGAUGACGAACUCCUUAUCAGAUUUGCCGGUGACAACAUUAAAAACCUACCUGACCGCGACAACUUCAAUAGAAGUGUAGCCUGGCAGAUCGAGAGACACAUCCAAUGGGCAGGAGACAAUCCGGCAUGGGGAAACAAGAAAGGACUUUGCUCAACACUUGAUGUCAAAUCAGCCACAGACUUUCGACGCGGAAAGGUCGGAAGAGGGAACCUGGCACUCGACGACAAUCAUUGCGCCUAUGACCGCGAAGGUUACCACUGGGGUCGACCUGCCGAAGAGCUGCGAGCUGGCGCGAGACGAUUUGGCAUUUCAGAGGCCUGGAUGAUGUAUGAUGAGCCACGACGAUUCCUUAUUGCAUUGGAAAACUGGUAUUUUCAGUUGGAUGAGGAUGAGAGAGACGAGCUGUUUGGGGAUGUGUUUCAGUGGUACCAGUUUCGAGAUGCACACAUCGGUGAUAAAACAUAUGCCCCGAAAUACGAGGGCUGGGAAAGUGUCUUUGGCGAAGAGAUAAUGGGGUUCUACGGGAAGUAG